UUUAUGUAUGCCCCGCAGUUAAAGCGCGUGAAGUGAUAUAGAACACGAAGAUCAGAAAAUGGCGGCAGUUAACGGGUGUUACAUGUGAUAUUGAAAAUUAAUAGAUCUACAGUACUCAGUAAUGAUGUAUUUCAAGGAAAUGAGACCAAGAAGAAAGAAACAGGAGAAUGUGGCAGCAGACUGCAUUGAUUCAGGGGAGGACCUCAAAGAUUUUGUUAUUGAACAUAUACCACCAAAAGGUCUUGGUGUUAGAACAACAAUAAAUAGAACAAAAGGAGAUUUCUUAAUGAUUUAUCCCGGCGAACUGAUAACAGAAAGAGAAGGGGAAGAACGUGAAGAACGUGAACCAUCCGUGUUUAGAUACUUCUUCCAAUAUAAAAGGAAAGGGUGGUGUAUGGAUGCUACUAGUGAAUUAGAUGUUGGGCCUCGGCUAGGUCGUCUGGUGAACCACGGUGGUAAAGGUAGAAAUUGUGUUAUGAAAACCCUGGAGUUCAACAAAAGGCCAUAUCUUUGCUUGUUUGCUGCUAAAGAUAUUCCACAAGGUGAAGAGUUACUGUAUGAUUACGGCAUUAAGGAUUUGCCUUGGGAGGUAUGUACACUCAGAGCUUGUUACUCUUUUUUUCUCUUCUGAAGAUGGAAGGAUAUAUAGAAAUGACCCACGAUCUGAGAUUCAGGCUCAUACAACAGACUCACAUUGAGAAAGUAGGCUCAGUUUGUUUCAUUGUUUCAUUUCUGUCGUUUCUAAGAAGCAAAUUGAACACUUCUUUUUGUUUUAUGCCAUUUGUUUUCAUAAACAUUUAUGAUUUGAAAUCUAUUUACUUGACAGAAAUUACUAUUUAUUUACAAAGUAAACAUAUCAUUGUGCCCCACAUAGUUCUAUUACACAAUAGAACACAAAAUGUCAUUUUUUUAGCUCAAUUAUUCGAAGAAUAAGGAGAGCUAUACUAGUCACCCGAGUGUAGGUGUCCACGUCGGCAUAACCACUUAUGUUAAAGUUUGCAUGCCAAGUACCACCUCAGAUGUUUUCAAAGUCCAUUGACAUAUGGCUUUAAAGGGAGAUGUGCAGGAUUGAUAAAUGGAACAGAUUUGUG